AUGGCGGUUGAGGCUUCUUCAGUAUCAGCGAUCAUGGCGGAGGAGGAGAAUCUCGAUCCUAACACCACGAAUCUUAUCCGUAUCGAGAAGCAUUUGCCGGCGAUUAAGGCUAUCUGCGGCGGUGAAGUUCCGUCGAAGGAGAAAAAGAUCACGUACGGUGGAAAUAACUAUGUGUGGAAGAAAUCAAAAUCAACCAACGUAAUCCAACGUUCGCACGCCUUCUAG